AUGAAUUGUUUCCGUCUCUUUUUUGUUUCUGCUAACUUUUCGUUGGCUCUCUUCCAUUCUGCUGCUGCUGCUGCCAAUCCCGGAGAAGAGCAACGUCCAUCCUGGUUCCGUGAACACCCUCUGGUCGACGACAAAGAACUAGAAGAGUUCUUGACACGAGAUGCCAGCGAUGAACACAGGGAACUUCAAGAAUCCACUGGAGGUCUCUUUGAUGCUUGCAAUGAUGACAAUGCAUGUCAAGAGGAGGAGGGCUUCACCUGUGUACUCUGGGUGACCCGAAAGCGGUGUGUUCCCCUGGACUGUCUCCGCGACGAAUUGACGAGUUUCCACAACUCCUUUCAACAAUCAGAGUAUGUUCAAAACCUUCGAGCCGAAGCUGGAAUGGAGAGAGGAUCAUGGCCUGGGGGGUUUCGGAACAGUGACAAACGAGCUUCUAUGUUGAGCGCGCUGUCCAACAACACAGACUUCCCAGCGCAGAUUGAAAACAUUGGCAAAAAGUGCUUCUUUGGUGAUGCCGACUACAAUACUACAACUGCGGAUGGCAAACAAUUAUCACUGUCGUGGAGUGGGGUUCAAGUUGAAGCUGGCCUCAUCCUUCCGGACUUUCAAUAUGCCGAAUAUAGAUCUCCGGUCGACGACUUCAGCGCCACGAUGCAACGAUAUUGUGUGGGAGCAGAGUUGGGUGCAAGUUGUGGGUUCACGCCUUUGGCUGGUUUUGGAUGGACUGCUAUUGGUGGAUCACCAAAGGAACUUUUGUCCUGUGGCUACUUGAUGGCAGACUUGGAUGUGGGGCUGUUUUUUGGUGCAGGCAUUGCUGUUGGGGUCACUUUCAGUGGAGUCAUCUUCUUUGAAUACGAAGUUUUUCCAAGUGAAGGUUUCAGCAUUGUCCUUGGUGCUGGCGCUGGUGUAGCAGUUUGCGGAGCUUGUAUUCCAUAA